UUGCUUUGUGGUGUAUCUUAUUGCCACACAACAUCACGCACUAUCGCCACUACUCCACUCCACAAAUUCACCUACUUCGACAAGCCCCUGGGCAAACAACACCAAAAGGGGACAGGACAAUUCGACGACACGACGCGUAAGAAGAAAGAAGAGGAUUUGUCUCCAAGUCCCGACCCCUCCCCCACCACUUUCCCCAGAAUAACCGGCUUCUCGGUAAUCAAUUGAUUCUGGUAUUAUCGGUAUAAUUGGACUCGACUUGUCCAAUUUCACAUCAGCACACGAAACUCUUCCUUCCCUUGUACUGCCGUACCUUUGCUGGCCAUGUCUCUUGACAUUGAGCCGCAGCUAGUUGACACGGCGGCCGGCUAUGUGUCGGAGGAGGAGACACGUGCACCUUCUAUUGCUCCGUCCUUAACCUAUUCGGACGACUCCGAAGAUCAGGAUGAACCUCAGCCACCCGAGGUGACUCCACGGAGACGGCGUGCGUCUACGAGACUGAUCGCGCAAAACCCGGCGGAUGUCCAACGCAUUACUGGCGAAUCCACCGAACAAUUGCUCAAUCGAUGUUGCGGCGGUGGUUGCUGUAUGAACUCACAGCUGAAGAAAGAAGGACUCAAAUACGAACGCAUCCCACUUCCGGACAAUGACGCCUUUCGUUCGCUUGGAUUGAAGAUUGAUGAAAUCCCUACCACCCUGACCAAGGUUCCGGACAUGCCCGAGCAGACCACCUUCAUUCAAUCCAUUCGACGCGUCUCGUCGAAUCUUCCGUCCCCAACCGACUCGGCAAUUUCUUUCGGAAGCCAACCUAGUUCGCCGUGCAUUGACACCACCCCCAAGAACCUUGCCCUCGAAGAUCUUGAUACCACGAUACAACCUCCGUCUUUCGUCCAGCCGCAUGCUCCUUACCACGUUUUCCCGGCCCCAAUUCACAACACCCGCGAGUUGACGAGGGAAGGCGCUGAGAAGCGCACAUUUCACUUCGACAUCGACAUCACCGACUAUCCUCACGAAGAAGGUGUAGACUUCAAAGUCGGUGGCGCCAUUGGUCUCUAUGCCCCAAAUGACCCUGCUGCCGUAGAGCAAAUCCUCGACUUGCUCCUUGUUCCGCGAUUCUUGCGCGGCAAGCCUGUCUUGCUGCGCACUACGCGUGGCCGCUGGCCUACUGUUUGGGGUGAAGAUCAGGCCCGAGAGUUGGUUACCACUCGAAGGGACUUGCUUACUUGGUGCUCUGACAUUCAAUCAUACCCUCCUACCAAAGCUCUUCUGCGAAUCCUUGCCGAGUAUGCCAUUGACCCCAACGAGAAAAAGAUUCUCCUAUUCCUCUGCUCUAGCGAAGGACAAGGUGCAUUCUGUGAUCUGCGUACUGGACCGCAUACCUCUCUUGCUCAGAUCCUGACCGCGUUUCCAUCCGCCAAACCUCCUUUGGAUUUGUUAUUCUCAGUACUCCAGCAACUGAUGCCACGAUUCUACUCCCUUUCUAAUGAUCCUCACGAGUCUUGGGAAAUUCGCGACGGGAAGCAACACCGCCUUAUUGAAAUAGCUGUCACCGUUCAAGAGAUGAGUGACUGGCGGGCGGGCACCCGAACGGGUGUAGGUUCCGGUUUCCUCGAACGCCAGUCUCGCAAGUUUAUGGAGCUCCAACAUGCUGGAGAUAGCUCACCUCGGCUCUAUGCCCCUAUUUUCAAGGGGCUUAUGGCUAACCCGCUAGCUAAGGAAUUCGUGUCUGAUGGUCCGAUGCUCCUUAUUGGGGCUGGCGUCGGCAUCGCCCCAUUCCGUGGCUUUGUCCAGCAUCGUCUGAAGAACGCUAACUGUGCCAACAAGGUAUGGGUUCUUCAGGGCAUCCGAGAUUCGCUAGUUGACGAGCUAUACGGCGGAGAGUGGGGCGUGCACGAGGAUAGAGUCAAGAAAGUUGUCCAGAGCCGGCGUGGUGAGAGUCGCUACGUCCAGGACGAGGUUGUUCAUCAGGCAGACCUUGUGUGGUCCAUCAUUAACUCUGUCGAUGGUCGGGUCUUUGUCUGCGGUAGUUCCAAGGGCAUGGGAGAAGGCGUCGAAGAGGCGCUCAUCAAGGUGGCCAUGCAGAAGGGCAACUUAGAGCAUGACGAGGCUGGGAAGUUUUGGAAUUUGAAGAAGGACGUCGGACAGUACAUCACCGAGACGUGGUAAUAUGCCUGCCUUCUGCCUUCCCAGUAGGCUAGGGAGAUGAGGCUGUACUGACAUAGACUCUUAUGACGGCUGAAUGGUUCCUUUAGGGUCCAGGGAUCAUGAAUUUCUGCUUUUCUAAUCAUU